AUGGCUACAUCCUACACCUUGCCGGGGUCGACAUACCCGCAACACCACACUUGGCUUCAGACCACUUGCACUCCCAUGGCCAUGGACACGACCAUUGCGAUCAUUCGCAUUCAAACGCAAAGCAAUGGCCAUAAUCAUAGUCAUGCUCGCGAUCACGACCACGACCACAACCAUGGCCAUGACCACAGCCACGAUCAUAAGCACGAUCACGACCACAACCACGACCACGAUCACGACCAUGACCACAGCCACUCUCACGAUGCCGGGGGGCCAGGACCUACAAAGAUACGCCCCAAUAUUCCGCCUUUAGGGGCCAUCAAGCACUUUCGGACAGGCUCAACCGCUGGCGGAAGACCCAUCAUCACUCCCACGACCGCUGGCUUUGAUAAGGGACAUGGUUUUGAGCCGCCAGCCACGGCCACCUCGCAUCACGGGCACUCGCACUCGCACCAUGACCAUUCUGCUGAGUGGUCGAGAUUCACUGCGUUUCUGCUUCCAUAUACCUCCAAGUACCCGUUAAUCCAUGCGGUGAUGACGGAGAAGGACUCUCGACGCAUCUUCUACUUCAUGUCAAUAAACCUCUCUUUCAUGGCUGUGCAAGCGUUUUACGGCUACGUCACAGAUUCCCUCGGUCUCCUGAGCGAUAGUAUACACAUGUUCUUCGAUUGUGUAGCCUUGGCAGUUGGCUUGUUCGCAGCUGUUGCUAGCAAAUGGCCUCCCAGCGAGCGAUUUCCGUACGGAUUUGGCAAGAUCGAGACACUGAGCGGUUUCGCCAACGGUGUGUUUCUGGUUUUGAUCAGUGUAGAGAUCAUGUUCGAGGCGAUUGAAAGAAUGAUGGAGGGCAGGGAAACCAAGAGGUUGGGAGAGCUGUUCGUGGUUAGUACCAUGGGCUUGUUGGUGAACUUGGUCGGCAUGGCCGCUUUUGGGCAUCAUCACCAUGGCCAUGAUCACGGCCACGGACACUCUCAUGGAGGAUCAUCAUGCGGCGGUGGCGGACAUUCGCACUCGCACUCGCACAGCGAUUCAGAUGCCCACGGUCACAAUCACAGUCACAGCCACGACCACAAGCACGAUCAUGGCCACUCCCACGGAGGACAUUCGCACGGGCACUCGCACGACAACGAGAACAUGCACGGCAUCUACUUGCAUGUUCUGGCUGAUACCCUCGGCAGUGCUGCUGUCAUUGUCUCGACCAUCUUGACGCACUUUGUCCCGUGGUCCGGGUGGGAUCCUCUUGCCAGUUUCCUCAUCGCCGUUUUGAUUCUUCUUUCGUCCUUGCCGCUUGUCAUGUCCUCAGCGCGGAGACUGUUGCUUACGAUCCCUCCGGAGACCGAGUACAACCUUCGGGAAACGCUAUCGGGUAUUUCAGGUCUUCGAGGUGUCGCGGGCUACUCGGUGCCCAAGUUCUGGAUCGACGAUCGCAAUUCGGGCGAGGAGAGCUCUGCCAACAUGCUGUUGGGAGUGAUGCACGUUCAGGCGGUCCGGGGUGCGGAUAUGGAGGAUGUUCGUGAUCGCGUGCGCAACUAUCUUCUGGGACACCACAUCGAUAUCACGCUACAGGUUGAGCGCGAGGGAGAGUCUAGUUGUUGGUGCGGAGCGGGCCGGAGCCCUCUCUCGCAAUCGCAGAGCACCAAUCUGUUCUAG